AUGGAUCCGGGUAACGGCACCUCUAUUUCCUUCUGGUAUGAUGCAUGGGUUCCUGGGAUGGUGUUGGCUUCAGCCUUUCCUCGUGUCGUCGUCGCUGCUGUUGACCCCAAUGCCAGUCUCUCCGACGUGGCCUCGCUCGAGGAUGGGACGGGUGCUAAGGGGGUGAUCAGUCGGGUGAUUCGGUUUUUGCUGUCUGGUCUGGGCGGGUUCUGUCGUUAA